AUGGUUGAACUAUAUGGAGGUGCUGUCACUACAACUUUACCCGUUGGUAUAGUCGAUGUCUCAGAUAUGAGACAAGUACCUGAUAAUCAAGAGGUAUUUAUAAUAGAAGAAGGAGACAAGGAUAUAUCAAUAAUAUUUGAUUUAUUAGAGCAAGUAGAUGCCCAAGAUAUCAAUACAGCAUUGAAGAUGCAUAUUGAUGAUAUGUUAGAAACCAACCAAUUUACUAUGAUCGAAGAAAUUGCUCUGAAAUUCUUAGAUACUAAAAUACAUACAUGUUAUGUGAAUUCCAAUAAUUCAAUUCAUUUAAUAAGCUUAAUAAGAUUAAGCAAAGUUGAAACCGAUAUAGUUAUUUCGAUGCAUGUUGCUUCAUCAGACAUAAAUUUUGUAAAGGAUAAGUAUUAUGGUGUAUUCAAAGCUGCUGGACAAAAUUAUAAUAUAAAGAACUGGGACUUGUUUAAUUAA